AGAUCAAGCAUUUUGCUUAGGAUUGCUGCAAGUUCCGAUUUUCGGAAAGAGGCAGCCCACAUCGGGCCAUUCGAACGCGCGAUGACCAGCAUCCAGCCAGCCGUGCGUGGGCAACGGGAGAGGACUAGCUUGACGCCGGCCAAGCUCUUCAUCGGAGGUUUGUCUCGCAACACUACGACCAAGCACCUCCGUGACCACUUUGCUCGUUACGGCCGCAUCCUUGACUGCGUGGCCAUGCGGCAGCCAGACGGCCGGCCCCGGGGCUUCGGCUACGUCACGCUGGACUCCCCGGCCGCGGCGGAUCGAUGCCUCGCAGAGCCGCAGUACGUGGACGGGCGCCAGCUCGACAUGAAGCGCGCGGUGCCUGAGGGCGCUGGGGAGAUGCCCACCGCGCGACUGCACCCGGGCAAGGGCAAGGCAACCAACUCGACUCCUCCGCCGGUUUCUAUGGCGGACUUCGACUUGGGCUACGGCUGGCCGCGGGCGCUCCCGGCCGACUGCCUCGACUUGCUCACGACCAGCGCGAAUGCUGCCCCCCUCUCCGGUUCUCUCUUCCCAAGCCAGGAGAACGAGGGCAAGUCACGGCCCACGCUGGGGAACAUCACGAAUGUCAUCAAUCGCCAGGAUGCCGCCAAGGAUGCCAAGCCGCUCAAAGCUGGCCCGGUCCACACCUCCCCGGCUUUGGACGCUGAGAACGCAUUUGGAAGGGCGGAGCGCAAGUCUACGAAGAAGGGCCUGCAGGUCAUGGAUGAAGAAUACUUGCUCCGCGGGCUGCUUUCCACCACGCCCCAGCCGGCGACCAAGGCGAAGGUUCCGGGCCUCUCCGCCAACGCCCCGGUCUUCGUCCCAAGCCAGGAGAACAAGGGCAAGCCGCCGCGCCCCGCGCUCGGGAACAUCACGAAUGUCCUCAAUCUGGCCAAGGAUGCCAAGCCGCUCAAAGCUGGACCGCUUCACACAGCCCCUCUGGACUUCUUCCCCCGCCAUGGCGACGAAGCUUGGGUGGACAGCUCAGACGACGAGAACCUAUAUUUGCGGCUUCCGCCACCGGGGCUCGCUCCUCCACCAGGCCUCACCUUGCAAUUCCCCGAGGAGAGCUCUGCUCCGGGUCUGUCCGCCUUGCUUUCCACCACGCCUCAGCUUUUGUCCCCGAUGGAGAUCUUGGGGCGCUUUCUCCCAUCGGAGGUCUCAUGGCAUAACCCCCCGGCAAGCCCAACGGCAACGGCUAAGAACACGGCCACAAUUGCGACGCAGACCGCCGACGGCGCGGAACCUGAGAUCAGCCGGGAGGACCUUCUGCGGCUGCGUUCUGCAGGAGGGGAGGCUGGCCUCAAGGCCAUGGUGCUUCCAUAGGUAUCCCAUGGAUCUGUUGCAGGGUUGCAGUAAGCAGUUCGUGUAGC